GGUUUUGGAAAUUUGGGCCUCGAGAUUGAGUGAGACCGAGCCAGUGCCGGCGUGGUUUCCAGGUCCCUGUCCAGUUCACAGCGGGUUGGAUCGGCACGCCUAUUGUUUUGUUCGUUCGCUGCAGCGUGAAUGGCGUUGUCUCCCAGUGACUUCCGGGAGCGUCCCUACAGGAGGACCGAGGACCGGGUGUGGAGCGAGGAAGCCGCGCCCAAGUGGCUGCGCUGAGGGCCCCGGAUGAGCCUCCGCGUUUCCGAGUUGAGCUCGCCUGAGCGGCGCGAGUUUCCUGGGCAUCCCGUGGUCCCCGCACCGUGUGGGCGGUUGUUCAUUGUCAGGACGCUCCCUGUAAUUCGGAAAGAGAAAACCCACCGUUUUCCAGCAUUUCCCUUGGAGGAGAACUAGGCAAUAGGAAAAAUGUCUAUUUUCCCUAAAAUAUCUUUGAGACUUGAGGUUGAAAAUUAUCUUAAAGCGGGCUUUAUGAAUAAGGAGAUUGUGUCUGCUUUAGGUAAACAAGAAGCAGAAAGGAAGUUUGAAACUCUGUUAAAUCACUUGUCACACCCUCCAUCAUUCACAACUGUCAGAGUAAAUACACAUCUAGCUUCAGUACAACAUGUGAAGAAUCUGUUAUUUGAUGAACUUCAGAAGCAGUUUAAUGGAUUAAGUGUUCCUAUUCUUCAACAUCCAGACCUUCAGGAUGUCUUACUUAUUCCUGUUAUUGGACCUAGGAAGAAUAUAAAAAAACAACAGUGUGAAGCCAUUGUUGGAGCCCAGUGUGGCAAUGCAGUGUUAAGAGGAGCCCAUGUCUAUGUUCCAGGAAUUGUGUCAGCUUCAAAAUUUAUGAAAGCUGGAGAUAUUAUUUCUGUAUACUCUGAUAUUAAAGGCAAAUGUAAGAAAGGAGCCAAAGAAUUUGAUGGAACAAAAGUAUUUCUUGGAAAUGGGAUUUCUGAAUUAAGCCGCAAAGAAAUCUUCAACGGGCUACGUGAACUGAAAGGUAUAGGCGUAAGAAUGACAGAACCAGUAUAUCUCAGCCCUUCAUUUGACAACAUACUGCCCAGCUACAUAUUUUUACAGAAUUUGCCAUCUGCUGUAGUAACUCAUGUUCUGGAUCCUCAGCCUGGAGAGAAGAUUCUAGAUUUGUGUGCAGCACCUGGAGGCAAGACAACACACAUUGCUGCAUUAAUGCAUGAUCAGGGAGAAGUAAUCGCACUGGAUAAAAUAUCUAACAAAGUAGAAAAAAUAAAGCAGAAUGCUUUAUUGUUAGGGUUGAAUUCCAUUAGAGCAUUUUGCUUUGAUGGAACAAAGGCGCUUAAACUCGAUAUGGUUAAGGACGCAGAAGAAGUGGGCAUCCAAUGCUGGUAUUUUCAUUCUGGGUCCAAGACAGCUGUACUAGUUUUUUCUAGGGGGAAGGAAGAGGGACAAGGAGACUGCACUGCCAGUACUUUUAAGGGCAAGACCUGGAAGUGGGAUUGUGAUGCAGGAGAACCUCCAUUCUUACCAGAAUCCUUUGACCGAAUUCUUCUUGAUGCACCCUGCAGUGGAAUGGGACAGAGACCAAACAUGGCUUGUUCUUGGACUUUGAAGGAAGUGACAUCAUAUCAACCUUUACAGCGAAAACUCUUUACUGUGGCAGUGAAGCUGCUGAAGCCGGGGGGCGUGCUGGUUUAUAGUACAUGCACCAUCACACUGGCAGAAAAUGAAGAACAGGUUGCCUGGGCCCUCACAGCGUUUCCUGACCUUCAGCUUCAGCCACAGGAGCCACAGAUUGGAGGAGAAGGAAUGAUGGGUGCUGGCCUAUCAUUUGAACAGUUGAAACAGCUGCAGCGAUUUGAUCCAUCUGUUGUGCCGCUACAGGACACUGACACGGAUUCUCUCAGAGAUGCCAGAAUAGAAGACAUGAUUUGGCUGGCAAAUAAGGAUUGUAUAGGUUUUUUUAUUGCAAAAUUUGUGAAAUGUAAAAGCACGUAGGAGAAGGAUCCUUAGAAAUGAAAAUUCCAAACUUUUGCUGUGUGGUGCUUUUUUUUGGAAACCAAACUGUUAUCAGGCCAAGUGAUUGAUGGCAUGAUUGCUAAGGAAACAGAAAGGCUGCCAGCUGUUUCCCCAGGGAUCACGAGACUUGACCAAGAGGACUGCACUUCAUAGAGGAAAUAGGGUGGUGGUAUGAGAUUAUAUUUCGUUUUUAAUUUUUUUGUGGAUUUAUCAGAGUAUAAAGAAAAGGAGAUGCCUAUAGAUGUUUGGAACAUUUUAUUUUCAUUUGGGGGUCUUGUGUUUUAAUUUGUAAAGAAUACAAGUCAUUUUUAAUGUUAAAAUCGGCAAAUCUAACAAAAGGAACAAAAUUAGCAAUGUUUAAUUUGGUUAUAAAAAAUGUUUUCAGUUCCUGAGUUCCUAAGUAGUAGUUCCUUAAGAAUUCAGGGAAUGGGAAGUAUAACAUUUACCACAUGCCAAUAACUGAGCUGACUAUUUUACCUGACUUUUUCUGUUUGGUCAAUCAACCAACCCUCUUUCAAAUAAGUCUGGACCUCUUCUUAAUGAUAGUCUGCCUUCACUGUGUUGCCUUUGUUUUUCAUGAUUUUACACUAAAAACUAAAAUGAAUAUUAUCUUCACACUGUAGAUUAAAAAUAUGAGCAUAAUCCACAAUUUGGGUAUCAUCUAUUGGAACACAUAUUAUAAAAGUUAUUAGAGAUGUGAUUGGUGAGAAAGAGAAAACCAGCUUCUGACAGCUGGGAACUGGCCGGGCACUUACAGCUGGGCCUUGGCGUUCUCCUGUUGAACAUAACUUCACAGACCACCAGCCUCAGACAGAGCAACAACUGUGACUAUGAUAGAUCAAGACAGAAGAAGACCGCUUCAUAAUCAAAUCUGAAAUCACACGAAAAUAAGAAUAUCACCCAAACCACAAAGGUUUCCGUUUGGAAUUUCUCAUAGCUAUUUAUUUGUUGUAUUCAUCAAGAUUGCAAGGGCUCUUGGAUCAGGAGCAAAAACAAGAAGCCAGCAGAUGAAUGCUCUCCUAGUCACCUUUGGCAGCAAGCUUCCUCAGUCCCUGACUGCUCAAUGGAUCAUUAAAGCAACAUGUAGCACAGCUCAUUCAUUACAGAGCCAGGUGCACAACAACUCACGCUGAACAUGUUUAAAUGACUCAGUGUUUGUCUCAGUUUAGACAGAGCCACUCUACUGGAACCAGCACUGCACUGGCUGCCUGGGCUCGGAUCCCAGCAGUGUGACCUUAAGCAGCCUCGUCUCUCAGUGAAGACGUGCCAGAUCUGAUCUCUUCACCUGGAUUAUACUGUACCUAGAGAGAACUUACUGGAGGACACUGAGCCAAUUUAUCAGCUGCUACCAUUUGGACAUUGAGGUGUUUAGCUUGAGAUUUCCCUCGAGAUUUUAUUAACCUUUGUAAAACCUGUAAAAGAUAAGAUGUUUUAACAGAGGAAUAUCUGCACUCAGCUACAUUUUUUGCAAAUCUCUCCAAUGCCUGGCUUCAUUGAAGACAACUGAAGUCUCCUAUCUGCUUCUACAUGUGAUCUGCUACAACGUGUGGUUGUCGUUGAAAUGUGAAGAAAAUCCAGCCUCCUACAAAUAUGUAGUCGAGAAAAGGAAUAUUUUAGUAGCCUUUUCAGAUAAUUGUGGAUAUUCUUCUUUGAUACUACACUAAACUCAACAAGUGAUAGUUUCUUAAAGACUAGUUGCUCUGUGAAAUCUGACACCAUAUCAAUGAACAUUUUUUCCUCUGUAACAUCAAAUUCCAUUGGUCUAUCUUAAAAUUUGAAUGGAUCUUUUACCAUGCAUGAUUUGUAACAUCGUUAUUGAUCACUUGGAACAUGAUGGUUCACUGAGUUCUCCAAAUCUUCCAAAUGUUGACACAUUGCAUUAUACAAUAUUAAAACUUCAUAUUGGGGCCGGCCCAGUGGCACAAGCAGUUAAGUGCGCGCGCCGCUCCGCUGUGGCAGCCCGGGGUUCGCCAGUUCGGAUCCCGGGCACGCACCGACGUACUGCUUGGCAAGCCAUGCUGUGGCGGCGUCCCAUAUAAAGUGGAGGAAGAUGGACACAGAUGUUAGCCCAGGGCCAGUCUUCCUCAGCAGAAAAAGAGGAGGAUUGGCAGAUGUUAGCACAGGGCUGACCUCCUCCCAAAAAAGAAAAAAAUAAAACAUCAUAUUUGUUAAUUUCAUCAUUGAUCUCAUUAGAAAGUUCUUAAUCUGGUGGGAAGCUACCAAGCUCUCAGAGGUGGAUACAAGUUUUCCAAAAUCCUAAUUUUUGUUUGAAAGCUUAGGUUUUAUCAUUGUUAACAAAGGCUGUUAGUUGUUUUCCUUGAGGUGACAGACUCACUUCGUUCAAGAAAAUAUCUGCCAAAUAUUGAAGUCUGAAUAAGCAUAGCCUAUCAGUUGUUCUUUCAAAUAAAAAUGGUGCUCCAUGAAAAAAGUGGGUAGUUCAGUUCACACCUCAAAUAAUCACACCAGUGCUUGUCCUCAAGAUAACUAACUUACGUUGGUAUGUAGCUGAAGUGUACUUCCUGUUUCAUCACUAGAAUAUUUAAAGGCUUGUACUUAGAGUCAAAAUUUAAUAAAAUUAAGUAAAACUGG